AUGAACAGCUCUGUGUCUACAUUCCCCAUUACCUUCACAAUCUAUAGCUCUCUAGGUCUGUAUAAUUUUGCACUUGUGAUCUGUAUCUUUGUCUUCUACAUUUCAGGUUUGUGUAUUAACCUUUUCCUUGUUGUGGUUAUUUGUAUCGAGUCUCGACUUCACAGACCAAUGUAUGUUCUGUUGGUAAAUCUGGCUCUGAGCGGGGUGAUGGGCAGCUCAUCUGUUUGUCCAAACAUUAUCAAGCAUCUCAUAGGGAACAGGCAGGAAACUUCUCUAGAAGGAUGUUUGACACAAGUGUUUUUCACCAAUGUAUACGGCGGCUGUAUAUUUUGUAUCUUGGCACUGAUGGCCUAUGAUCGUUACAUUUCCAUCUGUAAACCUCUGCUGUACCACUCCAUCAUGACGCCGGCUAAAGUCAAGCGGAUGCUAAUGAUGGUUUAUUUCAUCCUCAGCUCCUCCUCAGCUGUCCAGGUUUAUCUGACAUCCAGACUCAGACUGUGCAGACACACAAUUGAUAAACUUUUAUGCGACAGUUUGGUGAUUGCAAACCUGUCCUGUAAAAAGACAACUCUGAUCAGUGUGUACGGUUUGUGCUGCGCCAUCUUUGUUAUCAUUCUCCCUUGUUUUCUAGUCAUUCUGUCAUAUGUUCACAUUUUUACUGUGAUCCUAAAAACCUCAAAGGAGUCUCAGAGGAAAGCGCUGCAGACAUGCACUCCUCAUCUAGUGACCUUUAUCAAUUUCUCUGUGGCAUCCUUUUUUGGUGUCAUUUAUAAUCGUCUUGCUCUUGAAGUUCGAAAGGAAGUAAAUAUUUUCACUUGUGUGAAUUUUUUUGUCCUCCCUCCUCUGCUCCAUCCCAUAAUUUAUGGUAUUAAAAUGCAAGAGAUUCGGCAAAGUAUAAAGAAACUGAUGAGAGAUAAAAUCAUACAACUGUGA